ACUAAUUGGGACUAUGUGCUAAAGCGUAGUCUAAUGGCCUUCAAAAAGUUGAUAAGGAGAAAUUGCCAAUAGAUUAUUAUAAUGCCAAGAAGAUGUUGAGGCGUCUGGGUCUCGGGUAUAAAAAGUAUGAUGUUUGUGUGAACAAUUGCAUUUUGUAUUAUGGAGAAUAUGAAAGUCAGUGUUAUUUACAGUGCACGGUAUGUGAAGAGCCACGAUUUAAGCAGCGUGAUGUGCAUUUUGCUAAGCCUAUACCAAGAAAGUCUUUGUGGUAUCUUCCAAUUAUUCCUAGACUUCAGAGAUUGUAUAUGUCUAGGAAAACUGUCGAGCAUAUGACCUGGCAUUUAAAUUAUUAUAAUGAAAAUGAGAAAAUGUUUCAUCCUGCAUGUGGAGAGGCGUGGAAGCAUUUUGAUAGCACUCACCCUGAGUUUGCUAGUGAACCGAGGAAUGUUAGGUUAUGUUUGUGCACUGAUGGGUUCAGUCCUUUUGGACAUUCUGCAUCUCCAUACUCUUGUUGGCCAGUAUUUGUGUCAGUUUAUAACCUACCUCCAACAAUAUGCAUGAAGCAAGAAUAUGUAUUCCUUUCAUUGAUUAUCCAAGGUCCCCAAAGUCCUGGAAAGAAUAUUGAUGUAAUGCUUCGACCACUAAUUGAUGAUUUAAAGCAGCUUUGGUAUUUUGGAAUCCAAACUUAUGAUAGCUUUAGGCAUCAAUACUUUCUGAUGAGGGCUGCACUAAUGUGGACCAUUAGUGACUUACCUGGGUAUGGAAUGUUGUCUGGGUGGAGCACACAUGGUAAAUUAACUUGUUCCUAUUGCAUGGAAAAUUCGAAGGCUUUUUGGUUGGAACACGGUCAAAAGACAUCAUUUUUUUAUUGUGAUCGACAGUUUUUGCCACCGAAUCAUCCAUUUAGAAGAAACAAGAAUGACUUCAUAAAGGGUCGUACAGAGAAUGGAGCAAUGCUAGAGAGAUUGUCUGGUGAUGAGAUGCGUAGUCGCAUCCAUUGGCUGCCCGAUGUACUAUUUGUAAUGGAUGACCCUAUGACAAAAGAUAACAUAAAUGCAAGACUUGAUCUGGAAUUGUAUUAUAAAAGGAAAAGUCUGCACAUACCAAAAACAGGAGUGAAUUCGGGUAAAAAGCCAAAGGCCACUUAUGUUCUUAGUAGGGAUCAAAGAAAAUCAAUAUGUCAAUGGUUGAAGCAACUUAAAUUCCCUGAUGGAUUUGCCUCCAAUAUAUCUCGAUGUGUCAAUAUACAAGAGGUACGAUUAUUCGGUAUGAAAAUUCACGAUUGUCACAUUUUCAUGCAAAGCCUUAUACCAAUUGCAUUUCGUGAUUUAUUACCGAAACAAGUUUGGGAGCCACUUGUUGAUAUUAGUGAGUUCUUUAGGGCCUUGUGUGCUCCGAUGAUUCAAGUCAAUGACAUGGCAAUAUGGCAAGAAAUGAUAGUAGAAAUCAUUUGUAAGCUAGAGCGAAUCUUUCCACCUUCAUUUUUUGACAGUAUGGAGCAUCUUGCAAUCCAUCUUCCAUAUGAGGCUCGUGUAGGAGGACCGGUGCAAUUUCGAUGGAUGUAUCCAUUUGAGAGGCUAAUGCAUUGUCUUAAGUUGACAGUGAAAAACAAGCAGCGUCCUGAAGCAUCCAUAUGUGAAAGUUACAUAAUGUCUAAGGUCACAAAUUUUAUCUCUCAUUACUUGGAUGAUGGGGUGUAUAGUACAAUUGAUAAUCCCAUGAGGAAUAUUGUUGUUGGAUUUGGUGAUAAUAGUGGCCUAUCCAUCUUUAAAUGUGUUGGAAAACGUAUUGGUUCCAAAAUUGAUAGAUGUUGCUUGACGGUAGAGGAACGCAAAGUUGCUUCGUAUUAUGUGUUAAUGAAUUGUGAAGAAUUGCGAGGAUGGGUCAGUUUAUUUGAGAGUGAACAAUGUCAAAAUAUGAAUUCUCAACAAAUUCAAGUAAAACGAGAGAGAGACCUUAUGCCCUGGUUUGAACAAGCUGUAAUUAGUGAUGAGUUCAUUAAUGUCCAUGAGCAUAUCAAAGGUUUAUCCAGUGGUCCAAAAAAUUAUGUUUCUUGCUAUAACGGAUAUAUUGUCAAUGGAUUUCGAUUUCACACUGCCCAUUAUGGUAGAAAUAAGCGAACAAUGAAUUAUGGUGUCUGUGUUGUCGGAUCUAUUGGUAUUGAAUCAGAUUAUGAUUUUUAUGGUGUGCUUCAAGAAAUAAUACAGAUUGAGUAUUAUGGAUCAAUCCAUCGACAGGCAGUUGUUUUAUUCAAAUGUGAUUGGUACGAGAUUCCUCUUGCUCAAGGGGUUCAAGUGGAUCAACAACAUCGAUUAGUUGACAUUAAUCCUAGAAGAUACCUUAGAUCUUAUGAGCCUUUCAUUCUUGCUAGUCAGGCAAGGCAGGUUUAUUACACACCAUACCCAUCUAGUAAUCAUGAAAGAAGGGGAUGGAUUGCUACACUUAAAAUUAAAGCUAGGAGUAUCAUUGAGGCUUCUGAGAAUAAAGAUGACCAACAAGAAGGAUUGGCACCAUAUUUCCAAGAUGAUGAGCCUCCUAUUCCUCAACAAAUAAAUAUUGAUGACAUUGCUUAUGAACCUGUGCAAUAUUCUGAUGGGAGGUUUAUUGAAAUACAUGAAUAAGCUGAGGUUGAGGAAGGGAUUGGGGAAGAGGAUGAAGAAGGAGAAUGAGAAGAUUUUGAGACAUCAGAAGAAGAAAACAUAGAAACAUAUGUUGAGGAGAAUGAUAGUAGUGAUGAGUAGGCAAUAAUAUUGAAACUAUUGAAACUUAUUAUUAUAUUUAUGGUUACUACUUGUUGUGGAUUGCUGUAGUUCUUGUUGCACGGAGGCUGUUGAUUCCACCUAACCGCAACGGUGAAACCCAUUUGACCCCCAAAGACGACUUCAGGAGGAGGUUCCAACUGAUGUGGUUCUGGAGACUCCAGCUUCAGAUGCUGAUAUACAGGCUGAGUCUCCCAGUGAUGAGGAUACACCUGUGGAUACUCCCUAGCAGAGACAGGGACGGGGGCAAGCUAACCCCGUGCAGAUGCCUACAAAUGGGACGAAGAUCCCAUUAGAGCUAGAUGAGUAUGGUGGUUUGCCACAACAGGUCAGACGACAGAUUGUUGUCCAGUUGCGGGAGAAUCUCCCAGAUGCUUACACAGCGUGGGGACA